UAUUCCUAUCAUACUAGAAUGCAUAAUGAUGCUACAAGUAAUGCAUUUUUCAUUCACAGAUAUAAUGAGAGCAAAAAAUUUUGUUAUAUCAAGGGAAUAGGAAGAAUUACUACAAGACAUUAUUCAAGGUCAAAAAGAAAGUCUGAUUUUGCCAUUACCUUCAUUGAUGACGAUGAAAUGAAGUUUGGAUUAAUUGAUGAGUUUAGAGAUGAGAAUUCAUUUACAGUAGUAGUACAUGAGCAUUAUUCUUUGUUAUUGCCGAACAUUAUUCAAUUUCAUUUAAUCGAUUACCAUAAUCAGAUCAGACUAAACAUUUCAAGGCAUCAAGUCUAUGAAAAGUGUAUUUAUUUUGACAUAGACAGUGGACUUUUCUUUGUAAAUUAUCCCAAGAAUUUUGUGUCUGAUUAAUUUUUAAGGUGUA